CGCAAGCGCACAGACCGACGGGCGAGAGAACAGGCGGAGAUGAGGUGCUGACCUCGAAGGGGUUGGGUGGAGCCUGGCCCGGAAGCGUCGGGGAAAGGGGUGGGGGUUGUUGUGGGCUGUGUGCUCUGAAUUCGGGGCUGAAGGGAAACAAACCGGCGGGACCGGCUUUGAAGGCGCAGUUGCAGUGUCCCAAGAAGGAGAAAAGCUUGUGGAAUAAAAAGUCCCAAUGACAGAAUUAUCUGCACAGUUAUCACAGAUCCAGCAUGGGCAUCUGACAGAAAACCUCCCUGACAACCAUCUGACCAAUACUAAUGACAACCUGGAGAGACGGCGUCAUGAGAACAGCGAUAGAAGGCGCGGCAAUAAUCCUGAUUCAGAGUCUAACGGGCAGCCACAAACCAGCACUCGGCAAGUGGUGGAACAAGAUGACGACGAUGAGGAGGAGCUGACACUGAAAUAUGGAGCCAAGCAUGUGAUUAUGCUUUUUGUGCCUGUCACACUGUGUAUGGUGGUAGUUGUUGCAACCAUCAAGUCUGUCAGCUUUUAUACACGCAACGAUGGACAGCUCAUCUAUACGCCAUUCUCUGAAGAUACAGAAACAGUUGGACAAAGAGUUCUGAAUUCUUUUCUUAAUGCUUCCAUCAUGAUCAGUGUCAUUGUUAUCAUGACCAUAAUCCUGGUUGUGCUUUAUAAAUACAGGUGCUAUAAGGUGAUCCAUGGGUGGCUUAUCGUUUCUUCGCUCUUUCUGCUGUUCUUCUUCUCAUUCAUUUAUUUAGGGGAGGUUUUUAAGACCUAUAAUGUUGCCAUGGACUACAUUACCCUAGCUCUUAUUAUCUGGAAUUUUGGUGUGGUGGGAAUGAUCAGCAUUCAUUGGAAAGGCCCUCUCCGGGUCCAGCAAGCUUAUCUCAUUAUGAUAAGUGCUCUCAUGGCCCUGGUGUUCAUCAAAUACCUUCCAGAAUGGACUACCUGGCUCAUCUUGGCAGCAAUUUCUCUGUACGAUAUGGUUGCUGUAUUGUGUCCUAAAGGGCCCCUUCGUAUGCUGGUUGAAACGGCUCAAGAAAGAAAUGAAACUUUGUUCCCAGCACUCAUUUAUUCAUCAACAAUGAUAUGGCUGGUGAACAUGGCUGAGGAAGAUCCUGAAGCCCAAAAGAGAGCUCCCAAAAGCUCCACCUAUGAUAAACAAGUUGCAUCAAAUCAGACCCAGAAUGAAGAUGUUGGUGCCGAUGAUGGGGGCUUCAAUCAGGAAUGGGAGCAACAAAGGGAUAAUAGGAUAGGGGCUCUGGAAUCAACCCCUGAAACACGAGCAGCUGUUCAAGCUCUCCCCAGUCAUUCUAUAGCAAGUGAGGACCCAGAGGAGAGGGGAGUUAAGCUUGGCUUGGGAGACUUCAUUUUCUACAGUGUUCUAGUUGGCAAAGUCUCAGCAACAGCCAGUGGAGACUGGAACACAACUUUAGCCUGUUUUGUAGCCAUUUUAAUUGGCCUGUGCCUUACCCUCUUGCUCCUUGCCAUUUUUAAGAAGGCCUUACCAGCUCUUCCAAUCUCUAUAAUCUUUGGGCUCAUUUUCUAUUUUGCCACAGAUUACUUGGUGCAGCCCUUUAUGGACCAGCUAGCAUUCCAUCAAUUUUAUAUCUAGCACACUUUAAAAUGACCUCCUUUGGACAUUCAUAUUGACUGUAGCAAAUAUGGGAUGGAGAAAUUUUCAUCUCGUUUCUUAAUACAGAUCUCUGUAAAAAGCGGUCUCUUAAUUGAAUGCAUUAUGGGACAUUAAAUCUUCAGCAAUCUGAGCGAUACAUCUUUGACAGGACCAUAUGUACAAAAGAUGCCUAUGUUUCCACCAGCAAUGUAACUACUCAGCACCGUGAUUCUACCACCAUCACCCUCAACUGCUGAAGAGUGUUGAAAACUAUGAUGAGGUUAAACAAAGGGAACUGGUAAAUCCAAAAUAUCAAGCUAUCAAUAUUUACAUUCUGAUCCUGCUGAAUGUUUCCUAAAUAGCAACAAUUGGGCUCUGAAUGAGAGGAUUUUGUCUGAGAAGAAAAAUCAUGCAAGUUAUUCUCUAUAUGCCUAUAUGGGCUUCAUGUAAGAUUUUUUUUUUAAAAAAAAUCUGUUUGUCACUCUUGCACAAUAGCCUUUGUGCAGAAUUUGCAAUUUCCCAACAUUCUUCAGCUCAGAACACACAUUUUCUGAUUUUGCUGCCAAAUGUUUCUUGGAUUCUGUUUGCAACAGGUUAGUCAUGAGAGUGAGUUUAGAUCAAUUCCAAGAUAUUCCUAAUUCUCACUGAACUGUGUAACCCAUUUCUAGAAUUCUCCCCCUGCCCCCCGCAACAUACACACACACACAUUCUGAAAGUUUGGUGUUUCUUUUUCAGCAUUAUGAGUGCUGGAAAAAAAUAUAAUUCAAAUAUUAAGAUAUGACAAAGGAGAUGAUUUAAGAGCUACAAAAUAGCAAUGGGAGACAUUGCUAUCAAAAAUGUUUCUAGUUAUUCUUUCUUUUUUAUCAAAGUGAUGAAUGUUUGGAUUUCAUCUUCUUCUUUUGUUCUCAAGCUUAUACUUGUUUAGUAUUUUGCAGGAUCACUGUAUAGAAGUGUGUGUGUGUGUGUGUUACUAUAAAAGAAAAAAAUUAUCUGAAGAGCCUGUGUUUGUACAAUUGCCAUUGUUAACAUCUGAGGUCUUUUUAGAGGUGAUGAGGAGAAGCUUUACCCAGAGCAUAUUAUGUUUUACUUUCGAUGUUGGACUUCUUUCCAAGAAAUGAUACUAGUACCAGGAGAUUCAAUCUCUCUUUCUAAAAAACACUACCUUUGUAGAUGGCUGUGUCUUGAAGAAUGUUUAACUUAUGGCUGAAGACUGAUUCCCACAUAAUGUUUACCUUCACAAGACACUUAUAGUCUUUGUAGAAGUAUGCAUGUGAAAAAUUUGACAUUGAGUUGGUCAUCGCUGUGGGUUUUUCAAACAAAAUACUAGAUUUCUGUUAGACCUUGCUCAUGGGAUCAUUCCAGAAAAGUUCAUGUGGGUAACCAUUUCUUGAGUAAGGUUUUUUAAAUUCUCUAUUGAGAAUCAUGCCAGAAGUACUUCCAUGGAAAUGUAUGUUAUUUCAGAAAAAGGCCUAAAAUUUUACACACAUAUUCUCGGAAGACUAAAUCACUCUGUUUCCUUCAACUGCCUCAUCUUGAGUGCCCUUGGGAGUGUCAGCUGCACUAUGCUGUCAUUUAGAAAUCACAACAUUUUUGUUGAAAUAAGAUGUACUUGCCCAACUAAUAGGAUAGCAUUGAGUGGCUUACAAUUGCCUUUUGAGUUUAAUUUGGAAAUGCAUUAAUACACUGAAAAUCACAUAAUGGCCCCCAGUCUACUCUAAGCCAGAAUUCACUGUGUAAAUAAUAGCUCACUAUUCCCAAUAGACCUUGAUUGAGGUGUAGGAUUUGAAAUGAAUUCUUGAGUGUCAGCUUCUUAAGCUGUUGAUAUUUUGUUUGUAUUGUAUGUUUUUCCUCACAUCAGCUUUCAUAUUUGAGGGGGGAAAACCCUCUAUCAAUCUACUUAACUACAAAAGAAGACUGCCAAAAUCUGAUAUCACCUUUAGUAGCUUACAUCCUAGAAGCUGAGUCUCAGCAGAAUUGUUAGGAGUAUAGAAAGAUCCAUCUUGUAUGUAAAGUGUUGUCUGCAGAAACCAGCACUUCUGUUAGCUCUCACAGAAGCAAAGUCUCUCUGUGAAUUUCAACAGACUCUUAUAUAAUUGCUUAGAAUGAACACACAAUUUCAGUCUUCCACUGCCUCAAACUGAUUGCAUCAAGUUUCUUAGUGAGGUGGCAAACCUGAAUCUAGGGACUGUUACCACUUCAGAUGUAGAUGGGGUUCAUAUAAUGGAAUGCUCCUCCGUACAAAAUAAUCCCUCCACAUAGAAGAUUUCACCGUCCGGGAGGAAGAGGAUUCCCUCCACACAUAAGAUAAGCAUGUCAGAGAAAAUAAUCACUUCUCCUUGACGUGUGUGUGUGUUUUAAAUUGGAGGAAAUUUUUUUUGUAGACUACUCCAUCACAUGAGCCCCCAACUUGCAGCCGGAAGUGGUACAGCCCAAACACAGCUCGCCACCUCACUGAGAAAUUAGACUGGUGUCAUAUAGGAUAGAUAUGCUUAUAGAUCCAAAAAAAUUCAAACAUGAGUCUGCUUUAUUCAGUUCUCAAGUUAGGAGAUUCAAGAUAGAAAGCUACUUUUAGCUAAUGCACCAAAGUUUAAAUAAAGUUACAUAAGCUACAUCAUUGGGUCUUGAUCCCACCUAUAACAUAAGAGAACACAGGAGAGUUGGAACUGUGAGCACCUUCUGUAUCAUGCAGGAUGUUACAGGACUGACUACAGCCCACUAACAGCUUGAGGGCAGCAUUAAAGUAAGUGGCUUGUGGACAGCAGCAGGAAUCAAAAUUUGGGUUCAAGGGAUUGUAUUCAUUCAGUCUUCAUCUCAGAAGACCCAAUUAUGCCAAUCCAGAAGAGGCUGCUUGGUAGCAGUAGUUCUUCAAGAUGGACUAGAUAGUUCAGUAACUCAGCUAUUCUUGAUAAUGCAUUCUGUGCCCUUUUGAAAAGGCAACUUCCCCUUGGUAUAUUGUUGGCCUUGUCCAAAAGCCCAUCAAUUUGACUGAAGCAUUCUUAACACAGUGAUUGUAGUUCAGGGUUAUAUUGUCAGUGCUGAUAACCGUCUCACAUCUUGCACACAUAAUUUAAGGAACUGCUCAUUAACUGAAUUUUAAGUCCAAGCAUUGAGUGUGAACAGGAGUGUUUCAGAAUUGUGCAAAUGCUGUUUCUUUUAUUGGAGUUUAUUACAGGCAAAUGGAUUUUUUUAAAAAAUCUAAGAGCUAUAUGAAGUGCUUAUCAUAAACUGGAAAGAGAAAUGCAGAAUGAAGCAUGUCUAAAUUCCAAUGCCACUUAUGGCCCAAGUGGCAUUUAAGAUGCAGCCUGUAUAAACCCUUGUGAUUACCAAAGCUUUAAGGGCUGUAGUUAGCUGAAAAUAACUGAGUCGUCUUAAAGUACAAAGCACAGUUGUAGUUGUCUUUGGCUCAUAAGAUCUUGAUGUUGAAGAUAGAGUGCUAUACCCAUACAUGAUAGUCGCUUUGUUAAUUUAUACAGUAAGAAGCUAAUACAGUACUGCAAGUAUAUCUGAGAGGGGAUUUCAGGUUUGAUGAAGAAAAUGUCUCCAAUUUUACUGGAAAAUUAUUUUGGCAGCUAUAUAUGUAAAAACCAUUCUCAAGAAAGCUACAGUACUUUAUCAGUACAGUGGGGUGAUAUUGUCUCACCAUAUUGGUCUGUGAAUGGAAAUACUAGAACUGGACAAGAAGCAGAUUCUUUAACACUUCAGCAUUUGUGUUUUUUUUAACAGACACUGGUUUGUACAUAAUCUGAACUGAAUGUGAAUAAGCCUUUUUAAAACACCUUUCCUAUAAGAUAUAAUUUUGAUAGGUUAUUGCAAUUUUCCCUGUAUUUAUCAAAUUAUUAAAAAUAAAGAAUGCAUGGAUCCUA